AUGCUCGACUUCCUCUUUGGCGGGUCCUCGGCCACCAAAAAGCGCCAGCAGCAGCGCACGCCGCACCCGUUCCCCUCGUCCUCCUCCUCGUCCGCCGCCGCCUCGUCGUCGUCUACCUUCCCGCCCUCGAGCCCGUACGGCGCGGGCGCACACGGCGACGAGGGCGCGUACGACGAUGUUGCGCUCGGAGGAGGCGACCUCGGCGGCGGCGGUAUGGCGACCCAGUCGCGCAACAGCCUGUCGGGUCCGCCAGCGUCCGACGGCGCCUUUGUCGGCUCGUCGUCGUCGUCGGCGUCCUCGCGCGCACCGGCCUACCCGCCUCAGCAGCAGUGCCCGACGCACCGCUCGACGCCGAGCAACGGCUACUCGGCCGAGUCGUCGUACCCUCCCCUCCCGUCUUUCUCGCGCCCCUCGUCGUCGGCCUCGACCCCGAGCGGCGGCUCGUCGCGCUCCCCUCCCCUGCACGCCACUUUCGCCCGCCUGCGCGCCCUCCUCGCCGAGCAGUCGCCCUCGCUCGCCGACACGCUCUCGUCCCCACUCUCGUCGCACGUCGACCCGGCCCUGUCGAGCCUGCGCGCCGCCCUCGCGCCCUACGAGCUCCCGCGCGCCGUCGUCGACUCGUACCUCGAGCACGACGGCCAAGAGCUCCUGUCUGCCGCGUCGAGCGGCGGCGGCGCGGCGGGCGGCGCACGCGUCGGCGGCCUCGGCCUCGUGUACGGCCUGUGGUGGAUGCCGCUCGACCAGGUCGAGCAGGAGUGGCGCUUCUGGCGCACGCUCGAGGACGCCGGCGGGCUCCAGGGCGCCGGGCUCGGAGGCGACGCGUUUGGCGCGAGCGCGGCACAGCAGGACGGGCGGCGCAGGAGGGGCGGCCGCGCGCACCCGUACGUCGCCGACGAGGAGGAGAUUGGCGGGCGCGGCGUCGGGGGAGGAAAGGACGGCAAGGGGUGCGACGUGCCCGGCAUGGGCUCGUUCCCGGACGGCUGGGUCCGCAAGCGCUACUCGCACCCCGGGUGGCUCCCGCUCCUCACCGACCGAUGCGGCAACUACAUCGGCGUCGACCUCGACCCUCCCCCUCCUCCUGGUCCUCCCGCCGCCGGCACCACCACCUCGCCCUCGUCCUCGGCCUCGGCGUCGCACGCCGCACCCGGCGCUCCCGCCGCCAAGGCGCGCACGUACGGCCAGCCCGGCCAGGUGAUCGCGUUCGGGCGCGAGAUCGACGACAAGGUCGUCCUCUUCCCCGGCGACGGCCCCGCAGGUUGGGCCCGGUUCCUCGCCGCGUUCGUCGACGACGUCGAGCGGGGCGAGUUUGCGCGACUCGGCGAGCGGCUCGCGGCGGGUGGCGAGGGCGCGGCGGGCGCGGGCGACGACGACGAGUGGGACGAGGAGCGCGCGUCGUCGGCGGUGCAGAGGGGCAAGGCGGCGCGGCGCGACAGCGCGAGCGAUGGGAGCGGCAGUGACGACGACUGGCGCGGCGCGCAGGACGACGGGCUCGGCGACAGGGGCUACUUCGAGACGGGCGUGUACGGCGAGGAGGUCGUCGGCUCGGGCCCGGGCGCUCGCAGUGCCCAGACCUGGGUCGUUCGCACCGAGUACCGCCGGCUCGCCGCCAAGCUCGACCUGUCGGGCGGCGUCAUCGGCAUCCUGUGCGAGCGCAGCCGCCGCAAGUGGCGCUCACUCGGCGUCGGCUCGUCGGUCCCUCAGCCGCGCGGCAUGCUACCCAUGCGCGUGCCGGGCCGAGCGCCGUCCCAGCCGCUGUCGGUCGCGGUCCGAGCGUCGUCGGCGACCGGGAUCGAGGCGCACGACGACGACGACGACGACGACGAGCCCGAGUCGGCGACGACUGAGCGCCCUGCCCUCGCUCCGCCCAUCCCCAUCGUCAACGAGACCGACAUCCACCCUGCCGCCUCGUCGAGCGUCGAGCUCGUCCUCUCGCCGCCGUCGCCGACCGCCCCACUCGUCGACCUUCCACCGCUGCCGCCCUCACGCACGUCGCACGACUCGGCGCGCUCGCACGCGAGCAGCAGGGGCAGCGUCGCAGGCGGCGACGGCUACUUGCGCGACCCGCCGCGCUCGCCCCGGUCGCCCCGGCGCGCGCUCGCGUACCAGCAGCAGCAGCAGCAGCAGCGUCACGCUCGCCGCCCGCCGCCGCCUCCUCCCGCCGCACUCGACCUGCCCACCUUCGUCGACCUCGACUUUACCGACGUCGGCGGCAGCGGCGCGUCGAGGACCGACGGCGGCACGACCGCGGCCGGCGUUGUGCCCAAGGCGAGCUGGCUCCUCUCGUCGGCGACCGACGGGCGCGACGCGCUCGCCAACGCGGGCACGGCGGCGCUCGGUCGCCUCAGCAUGAGCUCGAGCAACGGAGGCGGCGCGCGCUCGCCGACGCUCCUGCCCGUCGCGCUCAGUCGCGCAGAGAGCGACGAGCAGUACCACCACCAGCAGGCGCACGCGCAGCGCGGGAUCGCGCUCACUGAGCGAGGGAGCUCGAGCAGGACGGCGCUUGUGGGCGCCGAGGGCGGCGCGAUGAGCCCGACGGACCUCGAGGGCGGCGAGGGCGGCGGGAGCGGUGGGUCGCCGGUCGGAGCGAGCCCGGUCGAGCGGGUCCAGGUCGUCAGCCACCGGGCAUAGAGCGAGGGGCAGGGCUCCUCCAGUCGUCGUCGGACAAUGAUACAGACACUUUCUCUCGUU